GUUCACUGGGUAGAGCAUCUAAAACGUAGGAGAGUAUAUCUGGGAUGGAUCAAAUGAUUGAAGAAGUGAGUGAAAGAGGAAAACAAAAAUGGCUGGAAAGAGUAAAAAGAGAAUUUCAAAAUGGCCCACUUGCAUCAAAUGUUGUGUUUGGCUUUAUUUUGACGGUCCUGGAAAGGUUGGUGGAGACAGAGUUUGAGUGCCCCUGUAAAGGGACAGACGUGAAUCGUGGGUUUGUGGCUUCAUUCUUCAUCAUUCCAGGGAUUUUGGCCUUUGUGCUGAUGGCUUCAGUUCAAGGACUGAAGUGCUCAUGUGACAAAGACAAUGUAAUCAGAUUCUUUCACUGCCUUGUCCCUGCAUUUGUGUGGACGAUCCUGUUGGUCUUUGAUGGCCGCUACAUUGCUUGUGGAAAGACUGAUUGGUCAGGCAGGUAUGUAACUGCUGACAAAGCUACCCCACUGAAAUGGUGUGAACCAGAGAAUGGUACCUCAUAUCAGGAUAGACUGAAGGACUCUCAGGACUGGUACUUUCACUCUCAGCGGGUUGGACUUGGCUUGGUCUUGGCCCUGGCAUUAGUCUUGGCUUCAGUCCUGAUCACAAACUGCAUCAUGAAUAAACCUAAACAACAGCAAACCAAUCCUCCUGCAGAAAUUCAACCCAGUCUCAAUGCUCCUCCAGAAGCGAGUAAAGAAGGAAAACAAGAAUGGCUGGAAAGAGUAAAAAGAGAAUUUCAAAAUGGCCCACUUGCAUCAAAUGUUGUGUUUGGCUUUAUUUUGACGGUCCUGGAAAGGUUGGUGGAGACAGAGUUUGAGUGCCCCUGUAAAGAGAAAUGCAAUGGUGGGUUUGUGGCUGCAUUCUUCAUCAUUCCAGGGAUUUUGGCCUUUGUGCUGAUGGCUUCAGUUCAACGACCGAAAUGCUCAUGUCACUGCCUUGUCCCUGCAUUUGUGUGGAUGAUCCUGUUGGUCUUUGAUGGCCGCUACAUUGCUUGUGCAAUGACUGAUUGGUCAGGCAGGUAUGUAACUGCUGACAAAGCUACCCCACUGAAAUGGUGUGAACCAGAGAAUGGUACCUCAUAUCAGGAUAGACUGAAGGACUCUCAGGACUGGUACUUUCACUCUCAGUGGGCUGGACUUGGCUUGGUCUUUGUCUUGGCAUUAGGCUUCCUGAUCAUAAUAUGCAUCAUGAAUAAAGAGCAACCCAGUCUCCAUGCUCUUCCAGAUGAAGCUGUCCAACUCCAACCCGUCUCUACCAACACUCCUGACACCAAACCCACUGAAAAAGCAUAGGGCCCCAGUUUCCUUAGGUGUAUCAUCCUUCAUUCAGUGGCCAAGAGAAUAUUGCAGUCCGAGAGAUAAAAGUCCACGUUUUGAGAUGUGGAGGUGGAAAUGGUCAGACGUAUAUUAACUAGGAAAUUGUAACUUUCAUGCUGUUUAGGAGGGUUGUGUUUUGGACUUUGAUGAACUUUUACUUACUUUUUUCUGCAGGAUUUUGCAUCGGCACCACCUUGCUUCACCUUUUGUUAUUUUUUCUGUUUGAUUAAAAACAUGCAAAGUCUGUAUGUGUUGUGGGGAUCAGGGAAAUUAUUUUACUGCUAUUGUUCAUAUUACCAUGGCAUUAAUAAUUAAUAUUGAUAUUGCAUUCAGAUGUUCAAACAUACUGGUAUUAUAUUAGCCUUUAUUACAGGUCCAGUAAGAACCACUUUAAACUGUUGAGUUGAAUCUAUAAUCUUAAAUGCUUUUGAAUGCUUAUAUAAUCUUAAAUGUUUAUAUGCAGAUUGCAUUGUAAAAGAAAGGCCUAACGCUGAGUAUACUCUGUGCCAAAAUAAGACAGGAAACUGCAUGCUUUGCAAAAGUGAAACCGAAAGCAGAGUCUAAGUGCAAGUUAUUUUGAGGAGCUGUUUGGAUGAUGCUAUUUGAAUAACCAGGUUAUUCUUUAUUAUCUUUUAUUCAUUUAUAUCUUUUGAUUAAGCUUUUAGUAGAGGUUCUUGAUUAAAACAUUUAUUCAGUAGAUUACAUAUACAUAGUUUCAGUUCGGUUAUUACAUAUAUGAGAGUGGCUUCUGUCUCUCUGUCUGGUGAGAGGUCAGGAGCUAGUCGGCGAGGUGAAAUAGGGUGCAAUUGUGGUUAGCACACACACACACACUCAGUUAGAGAGAAUCAUUUAUAGGUGAAAGUUUAACCAUGUUUUGCUUGCAACUGCAAAAUUGUGUCUGCACAAGUGACAGUGUGCCUUAAGACAUGCUGCUGAUGUUCUGAGAUAAGCGGGCGUCCGGUGGCGACAGGAAGACACCUGGGAUGGAGACGAGGCGAUGUUCUUUUUAAUUGUGUUAAAAGUUGUUAAGAGAACAUUUGUGGUUUUGAAAAUUCUCCAUGUCCGGUAUUUGUUUGAUGUAUGAGGGGGCGUCGGUAAACAUACCCUGAUGCUAUAAAACGAUUGUCUUGUGUAUUAUUGGGCGGAGAUCUACAGCUGAUGUUGUGCAGUGUACAUCUCCCCACGCUGCGUGUGUUCAUUAAAAUCAAUUGUUUGACCAA